AGUAUUUGUAAAAACAUACAGUGAUGAUAAAGAGUCCCGAGUUUUCCAAAGAAAUGGUAGAGAAGCGGAAUGAGUUUGCCAAGAAACUUUAUUUAGAUAAAAAAUAUAAGGAAGCAGUGAAAGAGUACAGUGAACUUAUUGAUCUGUGUCCAAAAUCCAAUGCAUUAUAUUAUAGAAACAGAGCAGCAUGUUACAUGAUGAUUGGAACAUAUCAUCGUGCUUUGGAAGAUGCGAAAAAGUGCAUUGAAUUGGAUCCCAAACAGCCCAAAGAUUAUACAAGAGUUAUAAGAUGUUGUUUAUUUUUGGGAGAAAUUGUUCAAGCUGAAUUUACUUUAUCAAAGUUGACAGAACUUGAUCCUGAAAAUAAGUCUGUUGCUACAAAAGUAAGGAUCAUAAUAGAAUAUGUAAAAAGGUAUCUUAAAGAUGCAGAUGAGGCAUAUGAUGUUAAGGAUUAUCGUAAGGUUGUAUACUGCAUGGACCGUAUUUGCGAUGUGAGUACUGCUAGUACAAGGUUUAAAUUAACCAAAGCUGAAUGCUUGGCAUUUUUAGAAAGGUAUCAGGAAGCACAAGAAAUAGCAAAUGACAUUUUACAUAUUGAUAAGCAAAAUGCAGAUGCCAUAUAUAUUCGUGGUAUGUGUCAGUAUUUCGAAGAUAAUAUUGACAAGGCAUAUCUACACUUUCAGCAAGUGCUCAGAUUGGCGCCAGAUCAUGCCAAAGCAUUAGAAAUAUAUAAGCGAGCCAAAAGCUUGAAAACGGAAAAAGAGAAAGGAGCCGCGGCUUAUUUACUGAAGCAGUAUUCACAAGCAUAUAGAUAUUACACACAAGCCUUGACUAUAGAUCCCCUAAACAAAAUUACAAAUGCAAAACUUCAUUUCAAUAAAGCAUUAGUCGCAGCAAAGUUAGGUGCAUUAAACGAAUCAAUAGUAGAAUGUACAGAAGCACUAAAACUAGAUGAAAAUUAUUUGAAAGCCCUUCUGAAAAGAGCGACUUCUUAUAUGGAACUUAAAGAAUACGAAAAAGCUAUUCAUGAUUUCGAGAAAGCGUGUAAACUGGAUAAGAGUCGCGAUAGCAAACGAUUGCUGAUGGAAGCGAAAUUAGCAUUGAAACAAUCAAAGAGGAAAGAUUAUUAUAAGAUUUUAGGUAUUGGUAAGAAUGCAUCGACUGAUGACAUCAAAAAAGCGUACAGGAAACGGGCAAUGGUACAUCAUCCUGAUCGACACCCUAAUGCAACGGAAGGGGAAAAGAAAGAACAAGAAAAGAAGUUUAAGGAAGUCGGUGAAGCCUAUGGAAUUCUUUCUGAUCCUAAAAAGCGAUCUCGUUAUGACAGUGAACACGAUAUCGAUGACGGAGAUAUUGAAUUCCAAACGUACUUUGGUCAAUCUGACCACUUCCAAUUCUAUACAGCCGGUUAUAAUUACAACCGUCUUUAG